GUCCUCUGCUCCUUGGAUCUCGCCAAGUAGAGCACUUUUGUUCACGUUGAAGUACACAGUAAUGCUACAGUUGCAUGGUUAAUUGAAGGUAUACCUAAUAGCCCCUCUGCAUUCAGUCGCGGAACAUUUAUUCGUGUAUGGUAAACCAGCCCAGUCGUACAGGCCGCGUUUUGAUUUCUGUGUCCAUUAUGAAAGCAACCCACUGUCUUCUGUUCCUUGGAUCUCGCUAGAUACAGGGGCCAGCUGACUUUUUCCUGAGCCGGCAUGAGUUUGUCCAAACAUACAUCCAACAGAAAUGAUCAACUGUAUCCACCACAUGGGAAGAUAAAUGUAACAAUCCUUGCAUCAGAAUGGGGAUCAAGUAAAGGUGGACUAUCCACAUUAAACAGAGAGUUAACCAUUCAGUUGGCUAAGUUUCCUGAAGUGCAAAUUUCCUUCUUUGUGCCAAAAUGCAGCGAACAGGACGAGAUAGCUGCACUCAGCCACAACAUCAAAAUUGUUCGAGCGACAAGGCGGUCUGGCUACGAUGAACUUGAAUGGCUGAGCUUUCCACCAGAUCAGCUCCACAUUGAUGUCAUCGUUGGCCAUGGGGUGAAACUUGGUCAUCAAGCCCGAGCUAUUAGAAAUUCGCACAACUGCAAGUGGAUUCAAGUUGUCCACACUGAUCCAGAGGAGCUUGGAAUGUUCAAAACCUAUCAGAAUCCCAUUUCCACCGGCGAGAAAAAGCGCAAAAUAGAAGUAGAACUCUGUGAGAUGGCAGACCUCGUUGUGGGAGUUGGACCUAAGUUGUGUGAGGCGUUUCGCAGAUACCUCCGCUGGUGCAAGAAAGAUAAAAGUAUUCUUGACAUCACCCCUGGUGUUUUUGAAGAAUUUGAGAAUGUUGAACACGUCGAUGAAGACGUGAAACGAUGUGGCAUUCUAAUGUUUGGCCGUGGAGAUGCUGAAGACUUUGAGUUGAAAGGUUUCGACAUUGCAGGCAAAGCUGUUGCUGAGGUUGAAGAAGCUCGUCUCAUUUUCGUUGGUGCUCCAGAAGGAAAGCACAAAGAGAUAGCAGAACGUUUUCGCAAAUGCGGUGUACCGGCUAGUCGGCUGACUAUAAGAAGCUUUCUGGAAAAUCGAGAGAGUUUGAAACACUUGUUCUGCGAAUUGGAUCUAGUGCUCAUGCCAUCAAGGACUGAGGGCUUUGGCUUAACUGGUCUGGAGGCCUUAUCAGCUGGUCUCCCUGUGCUUGUCAGCAAGAACUCAGGGUUUGGAGAAGCCCUGAGUAAAGUACCAUUUGGUGAAUCGUGUGUGAUUGACUCAGAAGAUUCUAAGGUAUGGGCUGACGAGAUUAAGAAAGUCUGGAGAAAAAACAGGAAGAUGCGACUACAGGAAGUAGAAUUACUCCGUUCCUCGUACGGCAAGAUAUUCAGCUGGGCCACACAAAGUAAAGUCUUUGUCAACAAGUUGAUCGACAUUUUUCAUGUACCCCAUGAGAUCAAAGGUCAAGGACUACGAGCAAAACAGGCAUAUGAAAAUGCACUUCGGAUUGGAAAAGUCAAGGUCUACCGUGCUCGAAUCAUGCUGAUUGGCCAGGAUCGUGCUGGAAAAACAAGUCUCAAAAAGUCCCUCUUAGGUUUGCCAUUUGAUGCUGAAGAGCAGAGUACUGUUGGAAUUGAAGUAGACCUUUCAUCAUUCAAAGUUGAUGUUGAUCAGAUAACGAAUUGGCAACGCACUGCUAAGAAGGAAGGUGUAUCUCAGUUUGCAAAGGAGCUGGCAAGAAUAGUGGCCGGUGACCUAAAAAAUGAAGAAGCAAAGAUGGAUUUGACACCUCAAAGGGAACUAAAAGAGACAAGAUCUCACAAAACUCAGGUUGGUGAACUGCAUAUUCCAAACACUGAAUUUGCCACCUUAGAUCUAUCCAGAAAUGAAUCUCACAAAACCAAAGAACAUAAUACAUUGGCCAGUCAUCAUUCUGCACCCAAAACACCUCACUUGAAGAGCAAGUCUCAAUUCACAAUUGAUGCAUCAACACCUCCAGAGGAAUUUACUGAAUACCUUAUUCAGUAUUUGAAAGGUUUAAAUCUGCAGAGCGAUUGCUCACCUACGGAACCAGUUGUAGAUGUUGAUGUAUGGGACCUAGCUGGUCAGUAUCUCUAUUAUGCCUCGCAUCCAGUGUUUUUUUCCUUCCGAGCACUGUAUCUAUUGGUUUGUAAUCUUAGCAAAGGAUUAAACAAAACUGCAGAGCCAUAUGUUAGACAAGGUAUCCAUGACAUACGUUUGGAAAAUCCAAAUGGAGAAACCAACUUGGAAAAUCUUUUAUCAUGGUUAGUUUCAGUUGAUGCGAUCAGCCCAACACAACAAGAAGCAGGAGAGAAGGAACCUCCAUAUGUGCGACCUCCAGUGUUGAUGGUUGGAACACAUGCUGACAAACCAUUUCAGGACAUUGAAGAAAUGAACAUUCAAAUUCUGAAGGAACUUUCUGGAAAGGACUUCGGAAGACAUGUGAUCACCCAAUUUUUCUCUAUAGACAACACCCAGUCAUCGUCAAAUGCUGGAGUUAUUAAACUUCGAGAGGAAAUAUUGAAAGUGUUGAAGGAGGAGCCUUAUAUGGGAGAAGAGGUCCCUGUAAGAUGGUUCAAUUUUGAGAAAGUGGUUCAAGCUUUAAAUGGAAACCAUACGUUUUACUUGAAUAUCAAAGAUCUUCAAGCCAUUGUCAAGGAGGUGUGCUUUGUUAAAGACGAGACUGAGCUUGGUGUAAUGCUGGAUUUCUAUCAUGACCUUGGUGUGGUAGUAAAACAUGGCAGUACAGUUGUCCUGCAGGCUCAGUGGCUGAUUGACUUAUUCAAACAACUGAUUACUAUUCCACGUUACGAGGAAGUGGGGCUAGAAUCCAGACUUAUCAAUUACUGGAAAUAUCUAGAGGACACAGGGAUCCUUUGCAUGGAACUUGUCCGUCAUGUGUUCUCAAAGUUUAUUAAGGAAGAUUCUGUAGCUGAAAAGGACAUCUUAGACAUGAUGGAGCGUUUUGGUCUUGUUGCUAAGUUUGUAACAUCAAAGCAGGAGCCUGUGCAGUAUUUUGUUCCAGCGCAGCUUAAAUCAUUACCGAAAGAUCUUUGUGAAAUGGACGAUCCAUGUCCGUUGUAUCUUGACUUUUUAAAUGGUUUUGUUCCCCAUGGAAUUUUUUACCAGCUUGUCUCUCGUUGCAUCAGUUGGUGCAAACGACCACCCACCCUGUAUUGCUAUGCAGCCAGGUUCUUUAUCGAGAAAAAGUUUAUUCAUCCGUUAACCCUUCUCUGCAAGAAGCGAUAUAUCAAGAUUAUCUUGAAGCACAGAGAACCAGUCAGUGAAGAAUGUUUAGCUGAAGGAAGAGAAGUUAAGAAAGAUUUGCGAAAUUUUCUAGAAAGUACGUUGCAAGAUAUGGCUCAGCAAAUUCCCUGGCGAGGCAAUUUGAAGUAUGAGCUGUGCGUCAAAUGUCCCUUUUGCCCAAUAGAGAGAAAACACUGUCAGAACCAUGGCAAGAUAUCCUGUACCCAUGAAGAGUGCUUUUGUCUUCUUAAGAUGGCACCAGCAGAACGACUGCUAUGUGGAAAAAGUCUCUGUGAUAAAGUACCCACGAUUCCUGGUCUAGAAAAAUGGUUCUCAAUGGAGGACGAGAAUGUCAAGAAUGGGGAGGAAACUUUUUCUCGUGGAGACACUUCCACCUCUUUCUCUCUGAAAUCUGGAACUCCUUCAUAUAAUGAACUCCAACACCUUGCCCGUGAGAUUCACGAAUCAUGGCAGGCACUUGGACGACAGCUGAAAUUGUCUGAAGCAAAUAUGUUUUGUAUUAAUCGUGAAGAAGUGGAUGUAUAUGAGAAAUGUUACAGAAUGCUACGAAAGUGGGUAGAAGCCUUUGGUUUUGUUGCUAAUUAUAAAACCUUGGCUCGAGCCUUGGAACAUGAAGCCAUUAAAAGAGGAGACCUUGCACGUCAAUACUGUUACAAUGAGGCAGUGACUCCACAAAUUUGCCAAGAGGACAGCGAUGGUUCGGGAAUUUGAGAUUUUCUUCGAUGGAUAUUUUUCAGUGGCUUGGGAGAACACGGCCUCGCUUAAAGGUGGAACGCCUUCACAAGUUGA